AAAAGGGCGGGGAUAAUACAACAUGGCGGCGCCCAGAGAUGACAGGUGACUGAAAUAUGAAAAAUAUUUAUCAUUUGUUAUAAACGUAUAUUAUUGUCGCUUUUUACAAUUUACUCGCACAAAUAUAUACUUAGCUGCAAAACUGAGAGUAAAAUUUGAGCGUAUAUAUUUAGAUAGGAUUUAUGUAACAUUGUGCGCCGUAAUGACAACUUGUUGAUGCAGGAAAACUAUCUUCAUAGGUGACCCUGAUAGAUUAUGAUGAUAAAUACAUAUGGUUAUCUUGUUGUCGUAACCAUCGUUCUUAACCUGGGAUUUGUUGUUUCCCAGAAUUGUGGUAAUCAGCAAUGCACAGAGAGACAGUUUUGUGGGAAUACAUCAACAUUCCAACCGGUCUGUGUGGGUUGUAAUGCUGCCUGUUACAACUGUACCGGAUCUGGCCCAGAAAGAUGCAUUAUUUGUGCAUCCAAUUAUUAUAUGUUCAACAAAAUUUGCAGAAUCUGUGAUGAUUCGUGUGAUGGUUGUACAGGAGCUGGACCAGAGAAAUGUAAAAAAUGCAAAAUAGCAUACUAUAACGUGGGAGGAACUUGUAGACCUUGUCCAGACGAUACAUUUGGUCAGAACUGUGAAAAUACAUGUCACUGUUUGAAUGGACCCACUGACUGCGACAGAGAGACGGGAAAAUGUGAUUCAUGGCAAUGUGAAUGGGGAUGGAAAGGUCCGCCUGAAUGCCAAACAGCUUGCGAACCUAAUUUCUUUGGUAUAAAUUGCAACAAAGAGUGUAAUUGUCCAGACAAUGACACGUGCAGUCCAAUAAAUGGACGAUGUGAUUCAGGAAAUUGUCAUCCUGAAUAUGGUGGACCAGCUUGCCAGAUACAUUUACCGAAGCUUGUAGAGCAACCAAAAAUUACAAAUAAUAAAUGCGGUAAUCUGACAUUGGGCUGGAUUGGAUGGGUGGAAGAUAUCGACAUUGGAAAAGGACCCAUAGCUCAGUAUCUUGUUUGGCAGGAAAAGAUGAACUCCUCUUCUGGCUGGACUUUAAUCAGAAAUAUUUCUCAUACUGAUGCUACAACUCAAUAUGCCUUCAAUCUUACCAACCUUGACCCUAAAGGAGAAUACAGAUACAGAAUAGAUGUUCGUGCACAGGAUGGGGACAAACUGAUGGAAGAGAUAUCUAAAGGAUUUGUAACAGAUUUCUAUAGUGUUGAAUGUUUCAAACCUACUACGUCGGCUCCAAAUGAUCAGUCAACUACUACUCCAUUCAAACCACCAGUAGGAUCAUUAUUUACAUCUUACAAAUUGUCAGUUGUGAACGAAGCUGUACAAGUUGAUUGGUCCAUCGAUAGUAACUACGAUGAUGUUGUUGACAGUCUUGCUUUAUCGUUUGCCAUUAUAAGAUAUGGUGAUUGUCCACAGGAACCCAAUCCAGUGUAUAGCAGUCUACCAUUGAGUAAUACCACAAGCUAUACGCUAAAUAGUUUGAGUAACUGGACAACUUAUAAUGUUCGCCUAGUUAUAUCUUCAUCUCAGCAAAAUAUUUCUGAUGUUCAUAAAAAAGUUGAAGGUGAAAUUACUACACCAGAGACAGAACCUUCUGGAUUUGUAAAAAGUGUAUCAGAAAUUACCAAGACAUCUAGUUCUUUUACUGUCAGUUGGAACGAUCCUGAUUGUAAAGACAAAAACGGAGUAUUACUACGUUAUGAUGUUGUUGUGUCAGGUUUCUCACAGAACUUUUCAACCACUGAUCGGUUUAGGCAAAUUACCGGUUUACAGACGUAUACAGACUAUAAUGUACAGAUAUCAUAUGUUAACAAUAUUGGUGCUGGUCCGCUCUCUCCAAUGCAGUCGUUUAAAACAGGAGAAGGAUUGCCAGCUGCACCAACUACCCUGAUGUUAACACCGUCAAUAAGAUCAGUCACUGUUAGUUUUUCAAUUCCUUCACCUUCAAACGGCAUUAUCAUUGCUUAUGAUAUAGCAUACAGUGAAGCUGCAAAUUUCAUAGACAGAUUACAGAAACCAUCAACUUCAACAAACGUCAUGUUGGCUGAUCUUUCUCCAGCAACUCUAUACUUUGUGAAGGUUCGAGCUAGAACAGGAGCAGGGUAUGGUAACUAUAGUUCCCAUCAAAGUACAGUAACACAAGAAGACUACCCAGAUGCACCAACAUCUCUAUCUGUUACUUUCAGAAAUGAGAGUUGUUUAGGACUAUCAUGGAGGGCACCAAUUGUAACCAAUGGAGUUGUAUCUUCUUAUCUGAUUUCCUACCAGGACACAACUCAAGCCAGUCAAGAAUUCAAUACUACGACAGGAGGUUUAAUAAGAUCCACACUUUUGUGUUUGCUCCAACCUGGACGACGGUAUCAGAUCAAAGUUGCUGCAAAAACAAGUAGGGGAUUUGGUGAUCCUGAUCAUAUGUUUGAAUACACAGAACAAUCAACACCGACUUCUCCACCAGCACCAAAGAAGAUUAGCUCCACUGCAACAACAAUAGUUAUCGCAAUUGAUCCAGUCAUGUUGACUACAGGACCACUUACUGCAUAUGUAAUAUAUGUUCAUGAUCUUACCGUUGGUUCUGGAAAACGGAAACGGGCAGUUGGAAAUCCACCGGGAGUUGAAACAGCGAUACUUUUACCAAAUGAAGUGCUGACGACGACAUUUUUCACAAUAGGGGAUGGAAAAAUAUAUAAUAGUAUUCAAAAUAAUCCUUUGGUUUCUGGUCAUCAGUACGACGUUCAUUUACAGAUAAGAAGUACCCUUCUCAGUGUAACAAAGUCAAGCUACAGCAAAAUGGUACUUACCCCCACUCCUUCAACUUUGGCUCCAAACCCUGUUGUGGCUGCUUCUACUGAUUACACAGGUGUAAUAAUCGCCAUUAUUGUCAUCAUUAUCUUAAUUAUCAUAGCUAUUGUCGUUAUUUGUAUCCUGUAUUGGUAUAAAAGACGUAGAAGUUAUGCACCCUAUGCAGCAUAUACCGACGACAAGGGUACUUAUGAUAGUAUGUACUCUCAUGUUGAUGAUUAUGAUCCUCAUAAAUAUUGGAAUACUAUUUAUUCACACCGAGAAAGUCGAUACAUUAUUGCCGGAAGGAACCUCAUACCUCCUGAUAGAAGUAAUUUUGAUAUGAAUGGUGUUGUUGAGUCCAAUAUGAAUCCACCAAUAACCUUUCAGCAAGAAUUUCAUGAUCUCCCUCAUGGGCGUUUAGCAUCGUGGAAUGUUGCAUUGAAACCUCGAAAUCAGCGGAAGAAUAGAUUUCCACAUUUAUUACCGUAUGACCAUUCGCGUGUUGUUCUACAGGAGGAUGAUAACUCGGGAGACGAUUAUAUCAACGCAAAUUUUAUUCAUGGAUAUCAUAAACAGAAUGCAUAUAUUGCGGCUCAAAGUCCUUUUGACGAGGAAACAGUUCUUGACUUUUGGAGAAUGAUUAAUCAAACAAAUGUCUCUGUUAUUGUAAUGAUCACUAAUAUCAUAGAAGACAAUAUCGUUAAAUGUACAAAAUAUUGGCCUGAUAAAAAUCAGGGAAAGGUAACAUACGGUAAUUUCUUUCUCGAGCUGAUUGAUACUCAAGAAUUUGCAUCAUAUGUAAUACGUACCAUGAAGUUUAAGUCGAACAAUACGUAUAGCACCACUAGAGUUGUCCAUAUAUUUGACUUUUGUUCGUGGCCAGAUCAUGGUGUUCCUGAUGAUCCUAUACCAUUGUUAGAAAUGAGGUUCAAGGUUAAAGAGUACAACAGUGAUACACCUGCAUCACCUUUGUUAGUUCAUUGUGGUACAGGAGUCGGGAGAACAGGCGCCUAUAUUGCCAUAGAUAGCCUUUUGGAACAGUAUGAUAGAGAAGGUCGCAUAAGUAUAUCAGCUUUUGUAAGGCGUUUGAGGAAGGAUCGGGUUCAAAUGGUACGGACAAUAAAACAAUACAUAUUUAUUUAUGAUGCCAUAUUUGAAGCGAAACAUGCUGGUCAAACAAGAACAGGGAAUGAUUUGAAAGAAAAAUAUCAUCUGCUGACAAGAAAAAAUCCGAAAACGAAACAUUCAUAUUUACGAGAUCAGUUUGAAUGCUUGUGCAACUUUACACGCAAAUUACACUCUGCAAACUGUUCAGAUGCUCUAUCUAUUAAUAAUUUAGAGAAAAACAGGUUUCCAGACGUCAUUCCAACAAAUAUGUACAGAGCCGUAUUGAGCACUCCUGGGGGCGUCGGACGGACUGAUUAUAUCAAUGCAGUUUUACUUGAUAGCCAUCGACAAAAAGACCAUUUCAUCGUUACACAGACACCAUUGCAUACAACUAUUAUAGAUUUCUGGAAACUGGUUUAUGACUUUAAUGUCCACACUAUCGUCAUGAUGGAAAAUUAUAAACACGAGGAUGAUACAUGUGCAGAAUAUUGGCCAGAGGAGAAAAAAAUGAAACAGUUUGAGCCUUUCUUCAUAGACAGUAUUGCCGUAUACCAGCAAGACAAUAUCACUAUUCGCCAUUUUAAAAUUCAUAGCAUGCUAAAUCCUAAAGUGCAGGCACGUGAGAUUCGUCAAUUUCAAUUUAAUGCUUGCAACGACACAGAUUUCGUACCAAAAUCAAAGUCGAUGUUUCUUGAUCUCUUUGACUUGGUUAAGGACUGGCAGAAUGUGUCCUGUGAAGAUGAGAGUCCAGUCAUUGUUCAUUGUAAGGAUGGGGCUACACACAGUGGAUUUUACGUUGCUAUCAGCAAUAUUUGCGAGGCCAUGCUGCAUGAUGCUGAUGUUGAUGUGUUCCAUACUGUAAAGAGAAUUAAAAAGAGAAGAACACAAAUUGUAGACCUCGUGGAACAAUACCGGUUUUGUUAUAAAGUAUUAUGGGACUACAUGAACAUGCGACUUCCAGGAGGAACCCUGACCAAUAUGAUGGACCAUACUCAAGCAGACAAAUUGUACAAUGUUGGUAGUUUAAGUCUUCCAUCCUACACGUCUCACUUGGAGUACUCGCAGUUUGACUACAGCUGAAGUCAAAUAUUGAUUACACAUUUUUUGUUUAUGUAUGCUUUUUAUGUAAUAUGCGAACAUGAAGCAAUUGAAAAUGUGUUUAUAAUUUGAUUAGUCUGAUAUUAUCGAUAUAAGUUGUUCAUUUUUUAAGUGAAUACAUAUAAUCAUAUCAACCUAAGUUGAUGAGUCUCUUUACGUCUUUAAAUAUUUGAAAUUGUUAAACACAUUCUGAUAAAAGUAAUAGAUUUAAACUUUCGGAUCACAUUAAUAAUUUCACAACACAAUAACAAAAAAGGGACAUAGAUCAUUGUUCUGCAAAUUGAUUUUCCUAUGGGAUUUCGGGUGUGGUUUUUAUUCCAAUGAAUUUGAAUUUGAAAUUGUUUAUAUUUUAUAGUUUAUAAACAAAUUAUCCAAAAAAUAUCCAAUGGUGCUUUUUUAUAAUACUAGUGAUUUGAUUUCUUUUUCCGUUUCAUUAUGUAGAUGCGUAUGUGUAGCUUAAGUUUAAAAUCAGUUGACUAUUUAGAUACACUUACGGUAGAAGUUGCUUAUUUUAUAGAUGUUAUUUUUCUCUAUACCUACCGGUAUAUACAACCAAUGAGAUUGUUAUUCUAUAUUAAAAUAUCAAUACUUUUGUUAUGAUGAACGAAUACAAGUAUUCAUUGAAAGCAAACGAACUACACGGAUACAUGUACCCUUCAAAAUAUUUCAGAUUAUAUAAAUAUGAAAUUAUCGAGAAACAUUGAUUUCAAAGCAGACUGUACAGGUGAUUACUUUUUUAUGAAAGGAGUAGGUGACUCGCUGAAAUAGCUAACACCUUAAUGCUUCAUAAUCAUGAGAAUGGUGCAAUAAAAAAUAAAAAUGAUAUUAAACCUCAAUAAAGCUACAACUAAAUUAUAUGUUCAUAUCUAUUAAUAUAAUGAUAUGUGUUCAUGUUGAUCAAAAUAAUAUUUUAUGCUUUUAACCUUUUCUUUACCUCGUCCAAUUAUAGUAGAAAUUCAAAUUAAAAGUUGUUAUUGAGAAGUGCUAUAAUUGAACAGGCUUCUGAUCGUAUAAUCAUGGAUAAUUCUAAAAUGUUACUUUAAUUAAAACAGUGUUUGAAUAAAUAAUAAACAAAAAUGUAAACAAAAAAUAUCAUUUAGAUAAUCGAGUCUAUCUUUUGUUUCAAUUUUCACGGUUGUGCCUAACAAAGAAGAAGCUUAGAUGUUUAAAAACAAAAAUUAUAUUAUAUGUAAUGUUAUGAUAUGUGUAAUGAUUAUAAAUGUAACAACUAUCCACCAGUAAUCAGAGAAUGAGGAUGUUUUAAAACUAUAGGUUACCGUACAGUUUUAAACAAUGUACAACAUAUUAUCUCUUGGAUGUGAUUUAUAUAAUUUUUUUUUAAACUGUUACAAAAUUUCGUUGACCAGUUUUGUCUAUUUUAAUUUUUAUUCAGAUUUACCUGUAGAAUAUUUAUUGUUAUUGAUACUAAAUUGUGAAUCAUACUAAAUAAGUUGAUAAUAACUCCCCUGUGUUAACGUGAUAUUGUUUGUACAGUAAUAUUUUAAAUUUGAUCGUCCGUCCAAUUUUAAUUGCUAAACAUGGUUUUAUUUUGUUUUUUACGUGUAAAAGUCCCAAACUUUGGAUAUCUGUUUGAGGUUUGAAAUAUCAAAGUAAUUUUGCUUCCACCAUCUCCCGUAAAGAUAUAUUUUUAUAUACUAGUAUGCUUAUUUGUUACAUUAUUGUCAUUUAGUAGUUGUAUAUUUUGUCACGGAAAAUCUCUUUUUCUUCUAUGAUGUUUAAAAGCAAACGGUUUGGGUAUACGACUAUGUUCUUGUAUUUAUUCUGUAAUAGUAAUAAGAAAAUUAUUGUCAUGAUACUAUGAAUUAGAUUGUUAUUAGUAAGUAGAUGACCUUUUUAUCUUGUAAUUAUAUGGUUGGUAUUUAUAAAUUAUUUUCAAAUGUAUUUUAAUUGUAUUUGUAUUAAAAUAUUGAUUUUAA